AGAGAUAGGCACACAUCUGCCCACGGAGAUAGCCUUUUAGCUAAGCCUUCACUCAACAGCAAACCGCCACACGCCGCAUGUAGAGAGGGUGUGCCUCUUCUGUUUGAGAAAUAAAACUUUAAAAAGUUAUUGAUCAGUGAUAUUCGCAGUGAGAGCAGGGACGCUGCAGGGAGACGGUGUUUGACCACAUCUCCAUGAUUGCUUUUGGACAAGAGAGAAAUCAGCAAACUGGAGUGCUCCGGCGGUGUGCGUUGCUGGUGACAUCUCAGCCCCUUGAGAGAUUUCAUGGGAAAAAUCCACAGAGGGGAAGGACCUCAGAGGAGAGUUUUUGGCAGGGGAGCAUGCAACUGUUGUGGUCUGAUGUUUUGUGACGAGGACUUCCUCCGCCAUUGCGUCGAGCUUCUUAUCAGCAGUUAGAGGUGACGAAACACGCGGGAAUGAGUGUUGGCGUCGGAUGCCGAAGGUCGGAGGUGAAGACGCCGAGCUCAGUGGUUGCCAGGCCAUAACUAUGGUAGUUGAGGUGAGGCCUCAUCCGUCCUCAUCAACAAAAGAUCCUCUUUUCUCAUCAUGCUGGAAAACCCCGCCGCAUCUGCGCCUUACAUCGUGGUGGAGCUGCUGAUUGCCAUCUUUUCCGUGCUGGGCAAUGUGCUGGUCUGCUGGGCCGUGUUCCUCAACAGCAACCUGCAGAGCAACACCAACUUCUUUGUGGUGUCACUGGCCGUGGCUGAUAUUGCCGUGGGCGUCCUGGCCAUUCCCUUCGCCAUUGUGAUCAGCAUCGGCUUCUGCUCCAACUUCUACGGAUGCCUCUUCAUUGCCUGCUUCGUGCUCAUUCUCACCCAGAGCUCCAUCUUCAGCCUGCUGGCCAUCGCGAUGGACCGCUACAUUGCAAUCAAGCUGCCGCUCAGGUAUAACAGCCUGGUGACGGGCCAGCGGGCGCAGUGCAUCAUCGCUGUCUGCUGGUUUCUCUCCAUCAUCAUUGGCCUCACCCCCAUGAUGGGCUGGCACAAGUUGUCUGAGAAGGAAAGCAGCGACUGCCCACCGGGUCUGAUGACGUGCCUCUUCGAGGAGGUGGUGGUCAUGGAUUAUAUGGUGUACUUUAACUUUUUUGCCUGUGUGAUGAUUCCUCUGCUGCUGAUGCUGGCCAUCUACCUGUGUAUCUUUAUGGCAGCUCGUCACCAACUCAAGCUCAUUGAGGUCAAAGCGGUUCACGGGGAAAAGUCACGCUCCACUCUCCAGAAAGAAGUCCAAGCUGCCAAGUCUCUGGCCAUCAUAGUGGGCCUGUUUGCCGUCUGCUGGCUGCCCUUACACAUCAUCAACUGCUUCACGCUUUUCUGCCCCAAGUGUCAGCGCCCGCCGCUCUUCAUCAUGUAUGUGGCCAUCAUCCUGUCGCACGGCAACUCGGUGGUCAACCCCUUCAUCUACGCCUAUCGCAUCCGCGAGUUCCGGCAAACAUUCCGGAAAAUAAUCCACAUCCACAUCUUGGGCCGUCAGGAGUUGCCGGGGAGAAGCGGCAGUAAGCGCUCCUCGCUUCACAGCAGCUUCAACGACUCCAUCAGGCUCAAGGCGAACCUUGACCUUUGUGCCGAGCAGGGCGGCAGCAGCACGGAAAACUUUGCUCGCCUCUCGCCUGUCGCGGGCGUUCUGUUGGCCGUAUCCUAAACGCCCCUGUCACUUGCUGUGCCAAAUGCUCCCAAAAUGGAUCCCAUCGGACCGACUCAAAUGCCCAUCUGUCAUCAGAGCCAGUAUUUGGCGGGAUCAAGGGGCGUGGAGGAAAAUAAGGCGCAACCACAGUUUAACUGGCAGAACAGGGAAAGCAGCCUGAGUGAGCUCACUCUCGCGUCUUGACAAACACAGCAGUUAUCACCACUCCCCUGGUCAAAUUUCUUUUGACGUGCUUGGCUAGCCUGAGGGUAUAUGCUGCAGAACUCUCGAAACCAGUUAUUUCCCCCCAAUGUGCCGUAAGAGAUCAUCAUCACGAUCAGGGGUAUCAUGGGAAAUUCACUCAUUUGACUUCAUUUAUUUUCUGUCAACCUUGUAUCUUUGUUCACUUUAUCCAUUGCAGUGACAUAUGGUGACAGGCAGAACAAUCAAAUACUCUUCCACUAUUUGACAGAAUGUACCACUGAACACAA